AUGAGCCAGGAGAGAAAGUUCGAGUUCUCCAAGCCGGUCUCGGCGCCGUGGGACAAUGCGCACGUCAUCCCUGCCGCCGGGUGGGAGCGCAUGAAGAAGGGUUUCCAACCGCAGCAGAUGGAGGACCGCUGGGUAAUUGUCCACGUCGUGGAACAUGACGACAGGGACAACAACAGCGGGAACGGGCAAGAUGCGAUCAUUUUUGCCAGGAGCUGGACACAAUUCCCUAUCGCGAAAAUCAUGGUUGUUCCCGCGGCAGACAGCGGCGAUGAUGGCAGUAGAAAGAUCGCAAAGAUUACCUGGGAAUCAGACCGGAGCAGGUGGAAUGUCAAGGAUGGGGAGAAGGAGGCCAAGGAGCACGUUGUGCGAUUUUCAGAGUCGUUCUUUGAGGUGUCCCUGGUAGAAGGGAUCGAGACUUCCUGA